AUGGUCGAAGACAAGAAGACCGACGACUACACCGUCGAGAUGAACAAACUCGACCAGGGAUCCAAGGAAUUCGAGGCUCCGCCGCCGCAGCCGAGGGUGGCUCCUCAUAACCCGAUCUCCAAUAAUCCUGCGCUCCCCGUGCUGGCCUACUGCGGUUCGUCCAUCAUGAUGACCGUCAUGAACAAAUACGUCCUGUCGGGUCUGGACUUCAAUCUCAACUUUUUGUUGCUGAUGGUUCAGUCCAUCGUCUGCAUUGUCGCGAUCCAAACGUGCAAAUCCAUGGGCCUGAUCACUUUCCGUGACUUCAGCUCGGACGAGGCCAGGAAAUGGUUCCCCAUCACCCUGCUCCUGAUCGGCAUGAUCUAUACCGGUUCCAAGGCCCUUCAGUUCCUGUCGAUUCCCGUGUACACCAUCUUCAAGAACUUGACCAUCAUCCUCAUCGCGUACGGCGAGGUUUUGUGGUUCGGCGGUUCAGUCACCGGUCUGACGCUAUUCUCCUUCGGCUUGAUGGUCCUGAGCUCCCUCAUUGCCGCCUGGGCCGAUAUCAAGCAUGCCGUCGAGAGCAGCGGCGACACCUCGAGCAAAGUCUCGACCUUGAACUCGGGCUACGUGUGGAUGCUGAUCAACUGCCUGUGCACCUCGUCCUACGUUCUGGGCAUGCGUAAACGGAUCAAGUUGACCAACUUUAAGGACUUUGACACCAUGUUCUACAACAACCUCCUGUCGAUCCCGGUCCUUCUCGUUGCCACCCUCCUUAUCGAGGACUGGUCGUCCGCCAACCUGGCCCGCAACUUCCCGGAGUCUAACCGCAACGGCAUCUAUAUGGCCAUGGUCCUCUCCGGUCUGUCGUCCGUGUUUAUCUCGUACACCUCGGCCUGGUGCGUGCGCGUCACUUCGUCCACAACCUACUCGAUGGUCGGUGCCCUGAACAAGCUGCCCAUUGCCGUGUCGGGCUUGGUCUUCUUCGAUGCUCCGGUUACUUUCCCCAGCGUGUCGGCGAUUGCCGUGGGCUUCGUUUCUGGAAUUGUGUACGCCGUCGCCAAGAUCAAGCAAAACGCCAGACCCAAGGUUGGUGUGCUCCCCACGGCCAACCCGCUCGUCAGCGCCAGCAGCCAGAGUAUGCGCGACUCGCUACGCUCUUAA